AUGCCGUCGCCCGUUAGCGCAAGUGCUACUUCAUCGAUCCGUAGACUAUCUCAAACCGCACGUCAGCUGUCCAACGGUAUCUCUUUGAUUCGCACCAUGGCUUCCGCCCAGGACUUCAAGACUCGUGCUGUUGGCGCGCCCAACACGCUCGACUAUCGUGUCUACCUCGAGAACACCAAGACCGGUGUGCCUGCGUCGCCGUUCCACGAUGUGCCGCUGUUCGCCGAUGAGAGCAAGACGAUCCUCAACAUGAUUGUCGAGAUCCCCCGAUGGACCAACGCCAAGGUGGAGAUCAGCAAGGAGGAGAACUUCAACCCGUUCAAGCAGGACACCAAGAAGGGCAAGUUGCGCUUUGUUCGCAACUGCUUCCCGCACAAGGGCUACAUCUGGAACUACGGUGCCUUUCCUCAGACUUGGGAGGACCCGCACCACACUCACCCGGACACCAAGGCCAAGGGUGACAAUGACCCGCUCGACGUCUGCGAGAUCGGCGAGCAGGUCGGUUACACGGGUCAGAUCAAGCAGGUCAAGGUACUCGGUGUCAUGGCUCUGCUCGACGAGGGUGAGACCGACUGGAAGGUGAUCGUGAUUGACAUCAACGACCCGCUCGCCAGCAAACUCAACGACAUCGAAGACGUCGAGCGUCACCUCCCCGGUCUGAUCCGGGCCACCAACGAGUGGUUCCGCAUCUACAAGAUCCCCGAUGGAAAGCCCGAGAACCAGUUUGCCUUCUCCGGCGAGGCCAAGAACCGCAAGUACGCCACCGAAAUCGUGCACGAGUGCAACGAGGCCUGGAAGAGGCUCAUCAAUGGCCAGGCAGAUGCCGGCGAGAUCAGCUUGACCAACUCGGCCGUCCAGGGCUCCAGGGCUUUCGUCAGCGCUCAGGACAACGCCGUGGCUAGUGUGCCCCAGGCCAACCCGCAACCGGCUGCUCCUAUCGAUGCUAGCAUUGACAAGUGGUUCUACAUCUCGAGCUCCUCCAACUAA